AUGUCUGCCGACGACGAGCCUGACACCUGCUACCGGUGGAGCCGCGACUUCGUUGUCGCGCACGCCAUCUUCGCCAGCGGCCUAGUCACGUUUCCGGUGGCCGUCCUCUUCCUCGUCAACCGGCCGCACACAGGCCGCGCCAUCUUCUUCGCCGCGUUCGCGGCCUUGUGCACCACCACCAGCCUCAUCCUCUGCUUCCGCUUCUACGCCGAGCUCAGGCGCCCGCCCGGGCCGCGCUGGCUCUCCGCAGCGGCGUCCGGCGGCCUGCAGCAGGAGGACGCUGAGGCGGCGUCAGCUGUCGCCGGGGAACAAACGACGACGACGCGGGCGAUGUCGCACGCCUUCCGCCACCCGGAGCAGCUCGUGAUUGGUCACCGCGUGGAGAUGCAUGCCGCCCUCGCUGCGGGGCGCGUCCCGAGCUACGACUACCUGGGCGACGGCGCGGCCGAGGACUGCGCGGUGUGCCUGGGAGAGGUGGAGAAGGGAGAGACGGUGCGGCAGCUGCCGGCGUGCCAGCACGUGUUCCACAGAGAGUGCAUCGAUCCGUGGCUGCGAGCGCACGCAACUUGCCCGGUCUGCCGUUCCAGCGUGCUCCCGGCGCCCGAGCGGCCGGUGGAGGUCGUUUGGUGGACAUCGGAGCAGUUCAUGGGCAGACCAGGAUGA